UCCCGACUGAGCUCGAGGACUCACUCUCUGGUGAAGGUGCAACGGCUACGGCUCGGGAGCUCGAUACAGCCAAUAAGACGGUUGUACGCCUCGAUAAGAAGAGCUGUCAGAGCUCAGAUCGACUUGUUGAUUACGAUGCAAGCGCCAUCGAGGAACAGCUCAUGCAGGACAAUCUGCGACAUCUCCGGACUCCUAAGAAAGUGGCACACAAUAAUGCCCACAUGAGCGUCGAUGACUUUGAAGCAGGGAAGCGAAGACUUA